CGGCCGCGCGUCGCUCUCGCCAUGGGCAAGGACCAGGAGCUGAUGCAGGCGGUGAAGGCGGAGGACAUCGGCGCGGUACAGAAGCUGCUGCAGAGGCCCAAGCCGGGCAAAGCCAAGCUCCUGGGAUCUGCCAAGAGGGUGAAUGUCAAUUUCCAAGACACAGAUGGGUUCUCUGCGCUGCACCACGCUGCCCUAAAUGGAAACAUAGAGCUCAUCUCACUGUUGCUGGAGGCCCAGGCGGCCGUAGAUAUCAAGGAUAAUAAAGGGAUGCGGCCCCUGCACUACGCGGCCUGGCAGGGCAAGAAGGAGCCCAUGAAGCUGGUGCUGAAGGCCGGCUCGUCUGUCAACUCCCCCUCGGACGAGGGGCAGAUCCCGCUGCACCUGGCGGCCCAGCACGGGCACUACGACGUGUCAGAGAUGCUGCUGCAGCACCAGUCCAACCCCUGCAUCCUGGACAACUCCGGGAAGACCCCGCUCGACCUGGCGUGUGAGUUCGGCCGGGUCGGGGUGGUGCAGCUGCUGCUGAACAGCAACAUGUGUGCUGCCCUGCUGGAGCCCAAGCCGGGCGACGUCACGGACCCCAACGGGACCAGCCCGCUGCACCUGGCCGCCAAGAACGGGCACAUCGACAUCAUCAGGCUCCUGCUCCAGGCCGGGAUCGACAUCAACCGGCAGACCAAGGCGGGCACUGCCCUGCACGAAGCCUCCUUGUGCGGCAAGACGGAAGUCGUCCGCCUCCUCCUGGACAGCGGGAUCAAUGCUCACAUCCGGAACACGUACAGCCAGACUGCCCUGGACAUCGUCAACCAGUUCACAGCCACGCAGGCCAGCAAGGAGAUCAAGCAGAUGCUGCGAGACGCUUCAGCCGCGCUGCAGGUCAGGGCUGUGAAGGACUAUUGCAACAACUACGACCUGACCAGCCUCAACGUGAAAGCCGGGGACAUCAUCACGGUCCUGGAGCAGCACGCGGAUGGCCGAUGGAAAGGCUGUAUCCAUGACAACCGGACAGGCAACGACCGUGUCGGCUACUUCCCAUCCAGCCUGGUUGAGGCAAUCAGCAAGCGCACAGGUUCGCGAGGGUCUGAUGGCAGCCCAUCCCACCUGUCCCCAUUGCAAGGUGGACCUCCGACCACGCUGGCCCCAGCCGAAGAGAUCUGGGUGCUCCGCAAGCCCUAUGCAGGCGGCGACCGCAGCAGCGUGGGGAGCGCGGGCAGUGUGGCCAGUGGCCGGAGCUCAGGCAGUGGCCAAAGCACCGGGAGCGGAGGCCACGCAGCCCUCCAUCCAGGCUCUGAAGGCGUCAAGUUGCUGGCAACUGUCCUCUCCCAGAAGGCAUCUGUGCACGAAUCCGCUGUGGGCGACGGGCCUGCCAAAGCCGUGGAGACGCCUGCAGGUUCCUCGAGGACACCGAGUCUGGGCAGUGGCACGCCGUACCCGAGUCAGCCCUCUGGUGAGCAGCCGCCCAAGAAGGUGGAGCCCUCGUCGGAGGGGAAGAGCUCAGAGGCCGUCUACCAGUGGCUUUGCAAGUUCCAGCUGCAGCUUUAUGCCUCCAACUUCAUCAAUGCUGGGUACGAUAUCCCCACCAUCAGCCGGAUGACGCCCGAGGACCUGACAGCCAUCGGGGUUACCAAGCCAGGACACAGGAAGAAGAUUGCAUCAGAGAUCAAUAACCUCAACAUUUCUGAGUGGCUCCCGGAGUAUAAGCCGGCCAACCUGGCUCUCUGGCUCUCCAUGAUCGGACUGGCGCAGUAUUACAAGGUCCUGGUGGAAAAUGGCUACGAGAACAUUGACUUCAUCACCGACAUAACCUGGGAAGACCUGCAGGAGAUCGGCAUCACCAAGCUGGGCCACCAGAAGAAGCUGAUGCUUGCCGUGAAGAAGUUGGCCGAGAUCCAGAAGGCCGAGUACGUCAAGUACGAGUCCGGGACGCUGAAGAAGAAGGGGGCGCCCCCAUUGCAGGACACGAUGGCCAUCGAGCCGCCCCCACAGGAGACCGCCGAGUGCCAGUCGCCCAAGAUGAGCACGUUUCAGGACAGCGAGCUGAGCAACGAGCUGCAGGCGGCGAUGACGGGCACCAGCGAGGAGGGGGCCGAGAGGCAGGCCAACCACGUGGGGCCCUUCCGCGAAGUGGUGUCCUACCGGCACCCCUCCCGCCUCGCCCAUGAGAACAGUCUGGGCGGGAGAGCCAAGCACAUGAGCAGCUCCCAGGAGCUGCUGGGAGAGGGCCCCAAGGCGGCCAGCACCGCCGCCGUGUCCAAGAGCCAGGAGUACCUGGCCGAGGAGGGAAAGGACGGCGCGGCCACGCUGCCCAAAGAGGUCCGGAGUCUCCGGCACGGCCACAGUGUCAAGCGAGCCAGUGUGCCUCCGGUGCCUGGCAAGCCCCGGCAAUCCUUUCCCCCAUCUGCGGGCCGCUACACCCCGCCGCAGACACCGACCAAGCCCCGGCCAUCCUCGCCGCAGACACUUGGCGUGCCGCACACCACAGCCAAGGUGAAGCCCACACCGCAGCUGCUGCCCCAGUCGGACCGCCCCAUGUCUCCCCGCUCGCUGCCGCAGUCCCCAACCCACCGCGGCUUUGCCUACGUCGUGCCACAGCCGGCGGAGGGCGACACACACGUGGCCGGCCCCUUGGCGCAGGCCACCCCGGCACCGCCCGUCUCCGUGCCGGUGCUGUGCCUGCCGCCUCAGGCUGCCGAGGGCGAGGAGGAGGGUGGCCGGCCAAAGAAGAGGGCCCACAGUCUGAACCGCUACGCCGUGUCCGACAGCGAGCAGGAGCGGGACGAGCUGCUGGUGCCCGACGCCGGUCCUUACGCCACGGUGCAGCGGCGCGUGGGACGCAGCCACUCCGUGCGGGCACAGUCAGGUGGCGACAAGAACGUCAACCGCAGCCAGUCCUUCGCCGUGCGGCCCAAGAAGAAGGGUCCGCCGCCCCCCCCACCGAAGCGCUCCAGCUCAGCCAUUUCCAGCACCAAUCUGACCGACGACUUUUCCAAGGAGGGGGAGGAGGGGCAGGAGCCUUCCCAGGAGGAGCUGCAGAGACGAGGCAGCGACUUCGGCGGCACGGUGGACACGGGCAGCGCGGGCAGCGUCAAGAGCAUUGCCGCCAUGCUGGAAAUGUCAUCGAUUGGGGGAGGGGCCCGGGCUUUGGCCUUGCAAAAGCCACCUGGAGCGGGGAAGGGUCCCGACGGGUACCACCUGCCACCAGGCAUUGCCCUGCACCCAGUCAGUCCGGAGCCCUCCCGUGUUGCGACCGCUCUGGCCGCUGUCAAGCACAAAGACGCAAUCGGGCCCGACGGCGAGCUGGUGAACCGCAGGCGCACCAUCAGCGGCCCUGUGACCGGGCUGGUUGCCGCAGCUCGCCUGGAGCGCUCGGAGAGCAUCAAGUCUGACACGUCGAAAAAUGGCAGCCCCGUGGAGCGGCUGCGGACAGAGCCCAGUGGCGGGUCCCCACUGAACAGCUCUGGCGAGAACAUUCCCUUCGCCGAGGAGGGAAGCCUGACGAUCAAGCAGCGCCCCCGGCAGAUGAGCACCGUCAAGGCCGACGCGGGGGAGGCCGCGGUGCUGGCCCCCCGGCACACCGGCCUUUCCAAGGUGGAGGCCAGCGCCACGCUCAAGAGGAGGAUCCGGGCCAAGCAGAGCCAGCAGGACAGCAUCAAGUUCCUCCUCACCGAGUCCGACACGGUGAAGAGGCGGCCGAAGUCAAAGGAUAAGGAACAGGAGCCAGCGCCGCUGUCUGUCUACCAGAACGGCACGGCCACGGUCAAGCGCCGGCCCGCCCUGGAGACGGGUGGCGUGGAGACUGCGUCGCCAGCAGACCUGCCGGAAAGGGGCGAGCUCGUGCCGACCCAGCUCCCUUUGGAAGGAGAACCCAGGAAGCCCGUGAAGCCCCCCGUUUCGCCCAAGCCUGUCCUGCCACAGAAGGUUUCUGGUCCUCCCACACCCACCUCCAAAAGGGCCCCCAUCCCCGGUCCUGGCAGUCCAGAAGUGAAGCGUGUCCAUGGGACCCCGCCUCUGGUCUCCCCGAAGCCCACGCCACCCCCAACCGCCCCAAAGCCGAAGGUCCACGCUGCGCUCCAGUCAGUGAGUGCCGGUUCGACGCCCACCCCGUCGCCAGCCAAGCAGCUGGCGCCCACCAUCAAGCCUUCCAGCACGCCCCCUUCGCUCUGUUCCAGCCCAGCCAAGCCCCUGUCUCCGGGGGGAGCACCUCCACAGGCGGUGCCUGUCAAGCCCCCGCGCUCCUCCAUGGCCGGGCCUUCAGUGGAGAACGUCAGCACAGAGAGCGUCCACCAGAAGCUGGAGGAGACCAGCGCCUCCCUCGCCGCUGCUCUGCAAGCCGUAGAGGAGAAGAUCAAGCAGGAGGAUGGGCAAGCGGCAGACUCUGCUGCAGAAUCCAAGAGCACAGUCAGCAUCCUGGAUGACAUUGGGAGCAUGUUUGACGAUCUCGCUGACCAACUGGACGCCAUGCUGGAAUGACAGCUGGAGAAGAAUCCCGGCCAACCUCAGGAUCUGCCGUGGGCACAAGGGCACAAUCACCUCCACGAAGACCUCCCUGUUCCUCUUCCCCACCAUCUUUUGAGGUUUGCACAAAGAACUUAAGAUUACCUCAGGAUUGUGCUGAAACAAACUGAGAUGCUUAGGAAAGGCUUUUCUUGGAACUAGCUUUGCGGAGGAAAAAAAGAGGAAUCCCUCUUGUGUGUUUUUUUCCUAGCUACACCUCUGUUGACCUUGGGGAAUACAAGGGGACCACAGCUUUCCUUCCGCAAAUGAAGCAAAGGGCCAGUGUGCCUGUUAUGGCACAUCUGUGAGAUGAAAGCGAUCCUCAGACUUUCUCCAGCACAGCUUUCCAGGCAAAUCUGCUCAGAUUUAGUCCAACUUACAUCUUUUCUUUCUUUAAUUGGCAAGUGUUUCCUGCCCCCUCUCUCAGAUCAAUUGCCAGUUGUUCUAGUCCCAAUAUGUUAUCAGCAAUAUGUGGCACAA